ACCCACUUCCCCAGCCCCCCGCCCGCCUAUAUACCGGGGAAUUCUCGGCCGCGCCCGGUCGAGCUAAUCAGUCUGAGUGCGUGCGUCGCAGCUCCGUGCGCUGCCCUAAUCUGUGUCUACAGUCCCACCGGUGCGGGGGUCAGUGCGUGCGACGGUGGCUAGUGGGGGCAUACACCCGGAGCGACGCGUGGUCGGCCCGCGAGCAUGAUCGUGGACAAGCUGCAGGAGGACAGCCGCGGCGGGGAAGGCCUGCUGGACAGCGCGGCCGGCGAGGGCGGCCUCAUGACCAGCCCCCUCAACCUGGCCUAUUUCUACGGGGGGUCGCCCCCGUCUGCGGCCGUGGGGGCGAGCGACGCCAGCUUCUCGUCCGGCCACUCAACGCCCGGCUCCCCGGGCUCCGACUCUUCUGAUUUCUCCUCCUCUUCCACGGCCUCCUCCUGCAGUGCAGCCGGAGAGUCCCGGUCCAGAGGGGGUCCCCGCGCGGACCGUGUGUCAGGUGAGCACCAUAUGGCUGGUGGAAGACAGCAGAAAGGACCCUUUCAAGGUGUUCGUGUGAGAAAUUCAGUGAAGGAACUCUUGUUGCAUAUAAGAAAUAGUAAGCAAAAGUCGUCUGCUCCAGCUGUGGAUGAUUCAAGGUGAUGCCUGGUUUUUAAGGCACAAAGUGUGACUACAGAGCAGUUUACAGCAGAGUUGAAGAACAUAUUACACACAGGGAAAAGGAAGGGGGCAGAUCCUGUCUCUGAUGGACCAGCUUGCAAAAGGCCAGCUACGUUAUUGCACACCCAGUUUUUGACACCACCUCAAACUCCAACUCCUGUGGAUAGCAUGAAGAUGUUUCAUAUUAAUGAGCCCAAACAGAACAACAAUUGUGAUCUGCUUCAGAACAUAAUGAAUAUUAAAAAUGAAUCCAAUCCUGUUUCCCUAAAUACAGUUCAGUUUAGUUGGAUGGAUCCGGUGGUUAUGAAUCAGAGCUCCCCUCGGGAGCAGUAUCAAGAUUUCCAUGGAGGGCAGAUUCUCACUCCACCCCAGAAAUGCCAGCCCUUCCAAGUCAGCACCCCACAAAUAAUGGAUCAGUCUCAGAUAUAUCAAUUUUCUUCUCCACAGAGUCAGGAUUUGCAACAACCCUAUAGUCACAUUUCAGCCCCAGAAUGUAGCCCAUAUUCUGGGAAACCUCAGUCUCCUACCUAUGAGCCAAACUUAUUUGAUGGGCAAGAUCUGCUUUGCCCAACCCAAAGUUUUGCAUCUCUCCUGUGUGGCGCUGGAGAACCAGAGAAUAUGACUCUUCCCAUUCAGACUUCAUCCAGGGCGCAGCAGCAGCAACAGCAGCAGCAGCAGCAGCCAAAUGAAAUCAACAUUCAAAACUUUAACCCGGGGCCAAACAAUGCCUGUGAUAUCCUGGGUGGGCAGGAUCCAGGCUUAACACCUUUAAACGUUUCCCUGCCACUCCAGAAUGUGACCGGGAGUUCAGUGAACACCACACAGUUAGGAAAGUCCUUCUUUCAGUGGCAGGUAGAACAGAAGAAAACAAAUUGGCCAACCUCUCCCCAAGAUCGCUUUCUUUCCAAAGAUGCAGAUGGUGACACGUUGCUGCACAUUGCAGAUGCCCAGGGACGAAGUGCUCUGUCUUAUGUCCUUGCAAGGAAGAAGAGUGCUCUUCAGAUGUUAGAUCUUAAAGAUCAUAAUGGCCAGAGUGCCUUUCAGGUAGCAGUGGCUGCCAAUCAGAAUCUCAUUGUGCAAGACCUGGUGAACCUUGGGGCCCAGGUGAACACCACAGACUGCUGGGGAAGAACACCACUGCAUGUCUGUGCAGAAAAGGGCCACUCACAAGUCCUGCAGGCAAUUCAGAAGGGGGCCAUCUGUAGCAAUCAGUUUAUAGAUCUGGAAGCUACCAACUAUGAUGGUCUCACUGCUCUCCACUGUGCGGUGGUGGCCCACAAUGCUGUGGUUCACGAACUCCAGAGGAACCAGCAGCAUCACUCACCUGAAGUCCAAGAACUUCUCUUGAAGAACAAGAGUCUGGUUGACACAAUCAAAUGCCUAAUCCAAAUGGGAGCCACUGUGGAAGCUAAGGAUCGUAAAAGUGGCCGCACUGCUCUUCAUCUGGCUGCUGAAGAAGCCAAUUUAGAGCUGAUUCGCCUCUUUUUGGAGCUUCCCAGCUGCCUGUCUUUUGUGAAUGCUAAGGCUUACAAUGGUAACACUGCCCUCCAUGUGGCUGCCAGCCUGCAGUUUCGAGUGACCCAGUUAGACGCUGUCCGUCUGCAGAUGAGGAAGGGAGCUGAUCCAAGUACUAGGAACCUAGAGAAUGAACAGCCAGUUCAUUUGGUUCCAGAUGGCCCUGUUGGAGAACAGAUAAGACGGAUCCCAGGGGAGUCUGUUCAGCAGAGAGCACCACCAUAUUAGCUCCAUGUGGAUCUGAAAGUAUAUAGUCAACACUCACUGUCAGUUAGGCAGUCCCUGAUGUAUCUGUAAAUAGACCAUUUGCCUUGUAAAUGGCAAAUGUAAGUUGUUUCUGUGAAACAAAGACAUUAGUUCACUAUUAUAUAGUGGGUUAUAUUAAAGAGAAAAUUUUAAAAAUUUAAUACCCUCUUAACAUAUUGGAAUUUUACAUUCCCCAGGUGGCUGGGAUCAAAACACUCGGAUUUAUAUUUUUUAGUGGUUUAAAUUGACAGAUGGAGAAGAUUUUUUUGAUUUUGUGUAUGAGGCAUUUAUCAGUCUGUUGGUUGCCAGGUUAAAAGUCAACAAUUCACAAAAAAUUUUUGGAGGAAUCAAAGCAUUUAGAGAAGAAAUGAAUAUCAUUGUUGUUGCACUUUGUUUAAUGUGGGUACCAUGCAAUUAAAGCAUGUAAUAUAUCUAUAGGUGUUUAGCUUUAUGAAUGAUCAGACAAAAAAUGGUUGAAAUUUGCAGGUGUAUAUGUUUGCUCUUUUUCAAAAACUAGAUCAGAAUGUACAUAUGCUGCUAGACAAAUGGGCACCCCCAAAUUUUAAGCGAAUAAAGAUUAAGUGAUUGUUUUAUCACUCAUACAUAUCUUUUUUUUUUUUUUGCAAGGCAGUUGGGGUUAAGUCAACUUGCCCAGUGUCAAUUGUCUGAGGUCGGAUUUGAACUCAGGUCCUCCUGAAUCCAGGGCCAGUGCUUUAUCCACUGUGCCACCUAGCUGCCCCCCACUCACACAUAACUAAAGAAGCUUUUGUUUUUUGAACCACCUAGCAAGUUUCUGUGGAGAAACUGAAUGGAGCAAUUGGGCACUUUGGUGGAAGACACAGCAUUCAUUUAGAGUGUAAUAAUGUUUUCUUCUCAUUCACUGAGUUUGUGAUAAUUCUGCUUGUAAGAAUAUACAUAUUCUUGAGGAGAAACGUUUUCUUUCCUCUAGGGUUUUUAUCUUAUCUCUAGGAAUAGCAAAAAAGUCAAAAUAAUGUUUGUUAGUCUCACCCAGAUUUUUUUCUCUCCUUAAUAAGUGUACUAAUGAUAAUGUAUAGUUUUGUUCUGUAUUUAUUGUAUAGUGAAAAAUGUCCUAUUUUAUUUUUUAGUUCUCAAUUAAUCUCUUAAUGUACUCUAUAACACUGCCUGAUCUCCAGGGUGCCCAAUUUAACUUGUACAGCUGUGAUUGCACACUAAUCUCCUUCUACUGGAUUUGAUUCGUU